AUGGAGAGGAUGCAGCUGCAAGGCCCCAUCAUCACCUCCCUGUGCUGGGCGGACCAGGCGGCGGCGAGCGCCAGCGCCGCGCAGGUGCCUUUCUUGGCGCUGCUCCAGGGCGCCACCAUGGGGGACGGCGGACCAGGGGUGAAGCGGGAGUCUUACGGCGCCGCCGCUGGCUUCGCGUGCCGGCCGGCUGCGUCCGACGUCGACCUGCUCGAGAGCUGCGUCACGCAGCUGCCGGCGCCCCCGGUGGUCGAGGCGCCGGCGACGAAGCGGAGGAAGCGGCCGCGGACGCGCCCGCGCGCGCCCCCGCCGGAGAAGCGCAAGAAGCCGGAGGAGGCCGAGUGCCAGCGGAUGACACACAUCGCCGUCGAGCGCAACCGUCGCCGCCUCAUGAACGACCACCUCGCCUCCCUCCGCGCCCUCAUCCCCUCCGAUUACAUCCCACGAGGUGACCAGGCGACGGUGGUGGGGGGAGCCAUCGACUACGUGAAGCAGCUGGAGCAGCAGCUGGUGGCGCUGCAGGCGUUGGCGGCGGCGCAGCGCGGUGAGGGGCCCGUGGGGACGGCGGCCACGGCGGCGUCGGACGGCGUGUUCGUGUCGCCGCAGUACACGAGCUUCUCCCAGGUCGGCGGCAUCGGCGGCGGCGUGGACGUGGAGGCGAUGGCCGCGGUGGGGGGCCACGUGCGGCUGCGCGUCGCGGGGAGGCGGUGGCCAGGGCGGCUCGUGCGCGCCGUGGCCGCCAUGGAGAACCUCCGCAUGGCCGUGCUGCACCUCGCCGUCACCUCCGUGGGCCACGACGCCGUGGUCUACUGCUUCAACCUUAAGAUGGAGGACGGGUGCGAGGUGUCGACGGCGGACGAGGUGGCCACGGUGGUGCACCAGAUCUUCGCCUACGCCGCCGGCUCAUGCUGCUAG